AUGGCUGAACACGAACCGCAGAUCCAGAUCACUCGGGAAGGCUACCGUGCCGUGAUGCGCAUUCAGCUGACUCAAUCAAAGACGACGGCUGAGAAACGGUGGGCGCAGCUAAAGGCGCAGUCCUGGCCGCCGUGGAAGCAUGAACGUACCGCUAUGGAUUCUUUCAUCACUCCAGAGUACGGCAUGACACGUGUUGGGGUCACGUUACGGAGGAUGCGGGAGGCAGGCUACGGUAUGACGGCCUGGGAACGAGCUGCGGAAAUGUACGCUGGUUGGGACGUUGACGGGACGCCUACCAUCCAGACUCGCGCCUACAUGCGAACCGAAGGCAUACCUAACGGUCCCGAAACCGAAGUGUGGGUGGCGCGGAUCUCUGCCACCCGCACGGCGCAAGAGGCAUGGGCUGCUUACCUUGCCUAUGAAGACGCCAAGCUGCCUUCGAAUCCCGAUGUCUUGCUCGCCAUCUUUAAGAAGCUCCAUUCUGAAGAGCAGCGUCAGGCGGAAGCCAGUGGCAAACAGCACGCUCGUAAGAGUAAGCACGUUCUGCCAGGAGACCGAAGAGAAGUCGAGCCUCUUCCGCCAUCAAUACACCUUUACACGUACACUCGUACUCCAGUACCCACCGUCGACAGCUUCCAUCGCCAGCUCUGCAUUAGCGGCGUAACCCUCUCGGGCCCGACGCUUGCGUUCAUCGUGGCCAACGCUAGUCGACUACAGCUCGGCUUUCACUACCUCGAAACCAGCCCCUACAAGCCGGCAAUCCAUCGCAUGCUCUCCCUGGACCCGCAUGUCGAUGCUAAUGACAUUCCAGUACCCGUGUUCACAGCUGUCAUUCAGCUUCUCUGUCGCUUUCCCAAUGUGCCAAUGGCCAAGAAGCGACACAAGCCCCGUCCUAUCUGGCCGACUUUCUAUAGCACGGAACCUCUUCUUGUAAAGCAGAGCUUGAAUCUGCGACAUCCACUGGUUUUCGCUUUGGAACUGCUACAUAUCCGACGCCCUACCUUCAGGCCUGCUUGGAAUGCCGUGCUGCGCGGUCUUGUGCAUCAACAGACGCUCAAGUCGAUGCGCUUCCUUGGCGAAAGCGGAGAAAUGCAGGAAUCCGAAAGUGACAGUGGUCUGGGCAAUGAGAAAGGUGCCAUCUUGGCCUACCGACUUGUGCGGCGAACCCUGGCGAUGCUGCAGGAACUGCACGUGGACCUAGAUAUGUAUGGAUUCCACUACUUGUGCAUCGCUGUCGAGAAUGCCACCUUAGCCUGCUGCAGAAUACUGCAGAGAGACAUUGGAACAAACCUCGCGCAAGCGGACCAACAUGUGGCCGACAGAAGCGCGGUCCGUGAAGCAGUUGACCUGCUUCGAAGUAGCAGUCAUUCCAAGCGUCUCAAGAAUGAGUUUGCCCUGCUCGUUGGCCUAGACACGGAGGCUUCUCAGACCACGCCAGCGGACGCCCGUCUGCCUCGCUUGCUACUUGCACCCAGCACGGCUGUAUUGCAUGCCUACGUGCGAGCCCUCGGCUGGAUGGCGGACUACGCGGGUAUCCUUGCCGUGGUCAAGUUCACGGUCGAGUACCGUAUGGAACUACUCACGCGCCAAGCACAGGAGCGCAAUGCGGAGGAGAUGGUCCGGAAAGUCAUUGUUGCCACGCGAGUAUUUCUGGAGCGCAGUUGGCUCGAAAACGGAGAUGGCGGUAAGGUGGUGAGGGAGACGGAUCUGCAAGAUGGUGACCGUCGGCUGCAGAAUCUUAGACGCCUGCACCUGCCUGCUUCGGCGGACACUGUGGCGGAGGUACAGGCUCUCAUUGAGACGGUGCCGGAGUGGCAGGGAUGGGCGUCCGAUGAGGAGGUGGAGGAGUAUUGCAGUGACUGGAGGUUUCGGCACGUACGGGAUAUGUCAUAG